CCCUGCAUUCAGUUUACGACCGACAACGAACGCCUUACAAUAAUUUACACAACUUACUGAAACAACGAAAGAAAGUUCAAUUGCGUUAUAGGUCAGCUUUUUUGGCAUUUCUACGACCUGCAACUUGAGAUUAUUUUUUCUCUUGGAUGAAAUACGGAUGAAUCCGCCGGAUACAACCAACGGAAAUCGUGGCGACAUGAAUGACAACACGAGCACGAUUUUCACCAAUGAAAUCAGUGACAACAGAAGAUUAAAUACUCUUAGUAACCCUUCGGCGACAGCAGUUAGCGAAGUGCAUAUUCCCGUAUCAGAAAAAGAGAUGGAAAUGAGAAAUAGAGAGGGAUUCGUGAAUCCGGACGAAGUUAACAAGGUGUCGAAAAUCUCAAUAAAAAAGAUCCUCAGUGACGAUCCAGACGCCAAAAACCGAUCGGGUAAUAGCAAACCAGCGUCAUAUGCAGCAAAGAAAACCGCUGCGCAAGGGAUGAUGGACAUAGCUCUGUUAACGUCUAACGCAAAUCAACUUAAAAAUCUCGUGGAAUAUCAGGACAGCUCCUUGAUUAGCUUCUACUUCAUUUUUGCACUGAUUCUCAUCAGUCUCGGCUUACAGGUCGGAGUUGGCGUUGGCUUGAUAUUCAAGGGUCGUUACGAUUCCAAGGGAAAGGAUAAGGCCGCUGCCGCAAGGGUUAACAAAUAUGUUAUGUCUGCGGUAUUUCUAAUCACGGUGAUAAAUAUAUUUAUAGCAGCGUUCAGCAUGGGUUCUGCAAAGCCUGCACCUACCGCAGUACAAUCUGCUCCAGCAGCUCAACUCUAACGGUCUUACUAAUUUGAAGUAAUUAAUUAAUUAAUUAAUUACCUACCCUAAGGAGAAUUACACCUUAUCGCAUGAUCCUCAAUUUUGUCACAAUUUAUAUUAAAGUGUGUCAUUAUAUAUGUAUAUUUAUUAUUGAAAAAUAAAAUAUUUUUUAUAAAUAAAAUAAAAAGAAAUAUUGUAUGACGCUUUUAAGUAAGAUCAGACUCAGUACCCUCACCUUUGAAAAAAGUGAAAAUUUUGAAGUUUGCAGUUUCUUCUGACUUGUCAAAUCGUAAUUCUCAA